AUGAGCUGCCGACUAUUUGAAGGAGAAAAUCAUACCCUUAAAUAUCGUCUGCAUCGACCUGGGUACCCAAAGCAAUUAUUUGAGCGUAUUUUUAAUUAUUAUGUUGAUGGUAGUCAAACAAAUGAAAAAAUUCCGCUCGCGAUUGAUAUAGGAUGUGGCAGCGGACAAGCAUCAAUUGGACUUAGCUUAUACUGCGAUCGUGUAAUUGGUAUUGAUGUUAGUGCUAAUCAAAUUGCUCACGGAAUUCAGAAGGAUAAUGUCGAAUACCGAUGUCAUUCAGCAGAAGAUUUAUCAUUUCUUGAAUCAAACUCAGUUGAUUUAAUUACUGCUGCUACAUCACUACAUUGGCUUAAUAUUGAAGUAUUUGUGGAAGAAGUUAAACGUGUACUUAAACCUAAUAUUGGCGUAUUUGCCAUUUGGACGUAUGGAAUGGGUCAAUUAGAUAAUCCGAUGGCUGAUACUAUUUAUCGAGAAUUCGAUGAGAAAAUCUUAUUUUCUUAUUGGAACAAUAAACGAUGGUUAGGUGCUUCAUAUUAUCAAUCGCUUUUGCCCUUGCUACCCUACAAAUCUAGUCUUGUUGAAUAUACAAUCGAACAAACCAUUGAAACAUCCAUAGGUCAAUUUAUCGAUUUUAUUGAAACCCUUUCUGCUUGUCAAACAUUUAGAAUACAAGAAGGCGAAAAAACAUAUCAAGAUCUUCUAGCAACAUUUCGUAAAAAAUUAAUUGGUGUCUAUAUAAAAUAUUCGAACAGACAUAAUGAUGAUGAAACAACAGAUUUCAAUUCAAUUCAAUUAUCAAUAGAAAAUCCAAUACGACUUUAUUUAAUGAAAAAAAAUGAGAUCAACUAA